AUGUCAUCAGCAGCAGCAGCCACCAAUUUCCACCAGCCAAACCUCGAACUCUUUACCUGCCGAUCUUGCACAUUCAAAUCUCUGAAACCCAUUUCUUCUCUACCAUUUCCCACUUCAAAAUUUGUUUUCUCUGGCGGGUUAUUAUUAGUCCCCAAGAAAGCUGUUUCUGGGAGGAGGAGGAGCAGAGCCAUGGGCCCCAACUCCAGGGUUGAGCUGAUAAAGAUGCCACCUUUUAGGAACCCUGAUGAUGAUGAUGAUGAUGAAGGCGUCGGAGUGCUUCAACGUGAUGAUUAUGUUGAUGGGCCUUCAGAAUUGAGUCCUUUGAUUGUGGAUAAAGGGUGGGAAUCUACACUCAAUCGACUGAGCAAGUGGAUUGUGUCUGCCCUUUUAGCUGUUGUGAUUCUAUGGAGGCAUGAUGCUGAAGCCAUGUGGGCUGCUAUGGGGUCUGUUGCAAAUACCAUUCUAUCUGCAGCACUCAAAAAGAUACUAAACCAGGAGAGACCUGUUCCCUCAUUGAGAUCUGAGCCUGGAAUGCCUUCUUCCCAUGCACAAUCUAUCUUCUACAUUGUUUUGUUCACAAUUUGGUCAGUUGUGGAAUGGCUAGGGAUAAAUGAGAUUACCUUGACAAUCGGUGCUUUUACCUUAGCAACUGGGAUAUAUCUUUCAUGGUUACGAGUCUCGCAAAAACUUCAUACACUCAGCCAAGUGGUUGUGGGUGCUGCAGUUGGAACCAUUUUCUCCAUUCUUUGGUUAUUGUUAUGGAAUGCUUUUGUGCAUAAAGCAUUUAUUUCCUCUUUAUGGAUUCGAAUAGUUAUAGCUUUGGGGGCUGCUGGGUUUUGCCUGGGAUUUGUUGUAUACGUAAUUCGUAAUUGGCUCAGGGAUGAACGGUGA